CAUUUGACCGCAAUUGAAAUGUGUUUUGUGUUUUCAAUGUUUGAAAUAAAAUGGGCAGCACGAAGAAAACCAAACCUGUUAAACAGAAUAAUAAAAAACAAAUAAAUCGCACUCAAAAAAAUACACAUGUUAAUGUUGGAAAAUUAAAACAAAUCAAGCAAGCCAAAAAAAAUGCAAAACAACAAAAGAAUGAGCAGAAGAAUCUGGUAAAGGCUCAAAAAAUUGCAGAAAUCAAGUCAGAACGUGAUCGGGCCAAACAGGAAAAAGAAGCGAAAAUAAAAAAUUACAAAAAGAAGCGAUUAGAUAGAACAAAAGUUUUAAGUAAAAAAACCAAACGUGGACAGCCGUUAAUGAAGGAUCGGAUGCAGUUAUUAUUGAAGCAAAUUGAAGAGAUGAAAAAAUCUUAAUUACAACAAUUUGUGUUCAUAAAAUGAUAUAAUUUCAUCAAAAACUCUUAACAAUUAUGUAUCAUUUGAAAUGCGCUGAAAUUUAUAAAUAUAAAAACGAAAUAUAUGGAUCUUGUAUUCUGCAUUGCAAUAAAACUGGUGGACAUAUUUA